GGUGUUCUUCUGCUUCGUUUCAUCGAGGGACAUGCAGGUGCAAUCGUGGCUCGUGAACUCACCACUAAACUAUUCACGGACUACCUCGAACAGAUGUCGUACAAUAACCCAGGACACAGCCACUCGACCAAAUCAACGAGCCCAGGAGGCAUCGAUGACGGUCCUCACGAAAACCUCUAUAACUCCGAAAAAGUAGGCGUUGGUCUAAUGGCUCCAGACUAUCCAGGGAAGCCCAUCUGA